UCUCCUCCUCGCCACUUCCUACCUCCUCUCUCUCUCCCUUCGUCUUCCUCCUCCCGUCUCGCGUUCGCGUACACCACGAGAUAACGUGUGAGGUUUCAGGGCAGAGCCGAGCUAGCAGCCAUGAUGGAGGCGGCCGCGGCGACGAUGCUGGAGGCCGGAGUGGGGCGGUUCCGGGGGCCGAGCCUCGCGGCGCUGCUUGCGGAGAUGUGGGCGCCGCUGGCCGUGGCGCUGGCGGCGCUCGCGACGCUGCCCAGCCUGCUCGGCAGGCUGCAGGUGCUCAUCCUCCGCCUCCGCUCCCGCGGGAAGGAGGUCAUCUCCUCGCACAUCUCCACCUACUACUCCUCCGGCGACGACGAGUCGGACUCCGACGGCGAGGGCGAGGACGAGGACGAGAGCUCCGAUGAGGCGGCCACCAGCUCGUCCGGCGAGGAGGAGGAGGCCGUGAGGAGGAUCGGGUACUUCGAGGGCGCCGCCGACGGCCUCGACGGCUGCUUCCCGUGGGGCGGCGCCGUCGUGCGGACGUGGCAGGACCUGCCGCGGCGGUUCUCCGCCGUCGGCUGCGGGGGAGGAGCCAGGUUCCCUUCCGGAGGGCGUGUCCAGGCGGUGAGGCUGUGGGGCGCCAGCACGGCGAGCGGGGAGGGAAGUGGCCAGGCGUGGUGGGACGCCGAUGACAGCGGCCGUGGGGCGGCCGCAGAGGCGGCGCCGGUGGUCCUCGGGUGGCGGCGCGAGCACGCGAUGCGGAGGCGGCAGCGGCCCCUCCGCAUCCUGCCCUCGGAGCAGUAAAAAAAAAGGAAAGGAACGGAGAGUGGUAGGUGUGGCCGUGUGAAUACGCUUGGCUUGGCGGAGAUGCUGAUUCCCGGGCGGCCCCACCUGUCGGUGGGCCGAAUAAGCGGGUGAUUGCUAGGGGUGGUUAGGGGUUACUAUUCAAACUUUGCUUAUCUGGAAAGCAAGAUCGGCCCCUGCAGUGCAGUUGGGUCGAUCUUCGUUUGUACCACUAUUCUUUGAGACGGAAAUGCUCGACUGCGCGUCGACCGCUCCUUCUGCCAAAAUUUCCAAUGUCGCGGAAAGUUAUUACUGUUGCUCCUUUACGGUGGAUUUAUGUCCAAGUUAAUAAAACCAUGUUGUCCA